GUGUCAGGUGAAGACUCGCUUGUCCCUGAGCGACCAUGUUUCUGUACGGAAUCAAACUCCGGUGCACCAGUCGCCGCAGUAGUAGCGAAUCACAGCACAGAAGGGUGAGUUUGAGCGGAAGUGGCCGUUGAACAGCAUCAGGUACAUUUGUAUGCAUUUAUAAAGUUCUUUAGCGAAUCGUAACGGCGUAUAUACACUGUGUAUUUAAUGAUAUCAAGUAUCAUUAAGGUUAGACCCAUCUCUGAGUUAAUUACCUUUAGUAAAUCUCGUAAACGGAGCCAUUAGUGGUAACUUUAGGAAUAUAAACAGACUCUCGAAGACAAGCUCCAUUCAAAAACCAUCAUCUUUCCAUUUAGGGCUCAGUUUUAUGUGGAUUUUAAGGGGAAAAGACGACAUGCAAAUGAAGCUCCUGAUCGAUUUGAAAUCCAACCAUUAGUCAGGUUUAAACUAAAUGUUCUGUAUAUUACCGAUUAUCUAGACCAGACCAGAUUUUGAUCCAAAACCAUUAAAAUUAUGCUUUCCAGAUCUGGACUGCAUUAUCUAAGAGUGUCUAUAAUCAUUCAAUUAUGCUCACAUUAAAAUUAUACAAAGUUCCUUAAGGCUUUAUAAUGCUUUGGUGCCAUUCAAUGUAACAAAUUAUAGCUUAUUUAUCUUGUAGCCUCGUUUCCUCAGUUUGUUGUACUUCUAAUGUGUUCACUUUUGUAAAUAGCUUUAUAAUUUAAAGUAUUUGUUUUUUAUUCUGUGUUUUAUUUCAGCAUUUCCUAGUUUAUAUUUGUGUCUUUUAAGCAGAAACUGGACACUUAGUUUUGUUCCCGUCUCUGUACACAUGCUUUAGGACUCAGCAUAAUGUGCAUUUCGAAAGCAUAGUCCAAAUGAAUAUAUUUGUCUGAUAUACACCUUGUUGUUUCAUAGACUGGUGUAUUAAUGUCAGUUUUCCCAUUUCUAUUUGUGGCUUUUUUUUUGAACAGUGAACAAAAUGGAUGAAGAACCAGAGAGAGCCAAGCGCUGGGAAGGAGGCUAUGAGCGGACAUGGUAAUAACUGAGCAUAUCGUUAGUUCAGGCACUCAUGAAGUUCAUAAAGUCAAGCCCACCUUUUGGCAUCAGGCUUGGGUAUACUCCAGUGAAAUAUGCAUACUACUCUGUAUGCAUACUAUUUUACUAUUUUGUGUUGUAUAUAAUGUACAUACUUGUGUAUUGUAAAACUGUUUAUAUAUUGCAUAUUUUGAUUAUCUCUUUAUUUUUACUUAUUUUAUCUUUUAUUUAUCUCCUCUUUCUACUUUAUUUGCAGCAGAGUUACUGUAACAAAAAGCAAUGUUAUUGAAGUAUUUCUAAUUCUGAUUCUGAAAGAGCAAAGGAGCUCAGAGAACUGAAUGUGAUUUACCCCAUGCGAAUAAUUAUUUCUCUUUGACAAAAAGUGGUCCUGGACAAUUUUUUAUAUUAAAAGUGGAGAUGUGGGUUUUUAUGUGAUUUAGAGUAACAUGUCAGAAAAAACACGUUUUUAUUCCUACAGGGAGGUUUUGAAGGAAGAUGAGUCCGGCUCACUCAAAGCCACAGUCGAGGAGAUCCUGUUCCAGUCCAAAAGGAAACGGUGAGCUGCUAUAUUUAAUUCUUUAGAGAUAACUUGAUCUGUCAUAAUUCGUUUAAUACCAUGCCCUCCUUUUUGUGAUUCAUAUACCAACCUGCUGCUUCAGUGAGGACUGUUGAAUAUUGUAAUGAGCUCUAACUCAGCAGUUCUGCCAUCAGUCCUGCCUCUACAAACUCGAGACUGUUUAGUUUUGCCCGACACCUGUCUUACAAGAAUGAUUUUGAUUUCAUCCUUUGUUCUGAGAUCAAGUUUGUAGUGGUGUUGAACUGCUCUGCAUUAUAAUGAGAGAUAUUCUUAUUUAAACACUCACCCGAUGCCCUGUUUUCCCACACAGGGUGAUCGAGAGUCAUGGACAAGUUAGACUCGGGAUGGUAAGUUGGUAUAAAAGUGCUGACAUCUUGUUUAAAGGUGAAUUAUUUCCACAAUCUUGUUGACAUUUAAGUACGUCCUGUCCUCCAGAUGCGUCACCUCUUUGUUGUGGUCGACUGUUCCAGAACUAUGGAGGACCAGGACCUGAAACCAAAUCGCCUCACCUCCACGCUAAAGGCAGGUCUUUCAGCAGAGACAUCACACUGAACAUCAUAAGAUACAUGCUCAGUUUGAUCAGCUGUAAAACUCUGUGUUCUGUCUUAUUUUCUCUGCAGCUGUUGGAAGCAUUUGUUGAUGAAUACUUUGAUCAAAACCCCAUCAGUCAGGUACCAUUUUUUACAGUCAACCUGCAUGUUUUACACUGAACUGUGUUUAAACCUGACUUUACAAUCCAGAAGGAGAUUGUAAUCAUGAGGAGAACAGAGUUGUACGUUUUUGAGUGUUGGAAUUACAGGCUUUGAUUGAUCUGUAUGUAGGCUAAGAUAACAGAGGAGCAGCCAAAGCAAUCAAAGAAAUGUAAACAAAGGAUGCAUUUUCAUUGACACACUUAACAACUGUAUUCAACACCAAGAUAAGACCUUCAAAUCAGGGAUGGUGCUCCACACCUCCUCCACAGUGAAGCAAAAUGUUAGCAUAGUGUUUUAUCUUCACUUUUUUACAGUGGGAGGACAUAGAAGCAAACUCUCUGUUUUUAUAUACAGUCAGUAGAUAAGAAAAACAUAAAGACAAGCAGUCUGUGUCAUAAAAUGGGUUUUCCUUUUAGGAUUCAGGGGAAGGGGGGUAAUACGAAGGGUUUCUGUUUUCACACAGCUGCAUCAUUGUGCUGACAGUCCAUCUCCUGUCUCUGUCCUCAGGUUGGCAUCAUCACCACAAAGAAUAAAAGAGCUGAUAAGCUGACUGACCUGGCAGGUGAGGAACUCAUUAUCAGCUUAUGUUAGACUGAUCAAACUUUAUCACCCAGUUGGACCUCUAAAGUCUCAGUCAGGCAACAGAAGUUUCAGAAUAUCUAUGGGCUCUGACUUCAGACUUGAUAUUUAAAAAAAAUGAAUCUUUUGACAUGUUUUUUUUUUUUGCUUUUUUUUCUUCAUUUUUUACUGAAAUUUGAAAUUUCAGUUUCAGUUAAUUUUUGUAUUCUGUCGUAGAAGUAAAACAUUGUGAAAUUGUACGGGCCUGUGAGUCUGUAAAUUUGCACAUGCAUCUUUGAACAUUAAGACAACAUGCAGCAUAAUGGUAUUUUUGGUUUCAUCACAAGGAAACCCAAAGAAGCACAUAGUUGCUCUGAAGAAGGCCGUGGACACUGUGUGUGGAGGAGAGCCGUCACUGUACAACUCUCUGAACCUGGCAGCUCAGUCACUCAAGUAUGUUCUGCAUGGUCAUGUUUUAACACGGUCUCCUCACAUGAAUGAUGUUACUCAGCUGGUACUUGUCUCUGUUUGAAGACACAUGCCUGGACACACAAGCAGAGAGGUCCUGAUCAUCCUCAGCAGCCUCACCACUUGUGAUCCCACCAACAUCUACGAGCUCAUCAAGGUGAAUAAAACCCUCAACUAUCACACAGAGCGUCAUGAUCAGGAGGCUGUUACUGUAUAUCUGACAGAUGUGAUAAAUGUUCCUCCUCCAUCAGACCCUGAAGUCUCUGAAGGUGCGGGUGUCGGUGAUCGGCCUGUCAGCAGAGGUCAGAGUGUGCACGGUCCUGACCAAAGAGACGGGCGGCUCGUAUCAUGUCAUCCUGGAUGAGAGUCACUUCAGAGAGCUGCUGAUGCUGCAUGUCAAACCUCCUCCUGCCAGCUCCUCGUCUGAAUGCUCUCUGAUCCGAAUGGGUCAGUACUCACCGGUCGAUUUAUCGCCUUUAAAACACAGUCAGAGUCUCUCAUCAACAUGAGAAAAAUGAUCGACUUUAAUUUGUUUAAAGAAAUUUGUCACUGCGAUUAAUCACUCUUGGAUUUAUUACUGUUCGAAAUUGCAUAUCAGCUGCAUGUGCAACAAUCCAAACAGUCCCACAAAUUAUAUUUAUAUAUAAGUGUCAUUAAAGGCCUAUAAUGGUCAUCAAGAAUGCAAAUAUUAUGAAGAUAUUUUCACACUUUAAACAUCUUUCCCCAUUUAUUCCAAACACUGCAAAACCAGUCAAAAUUCAACAGAGGAGCUACCAACAAAAUGAUCAUCUUUAUGUCCAUACCUAUUUUCUCUUUACUGAAAUAAGUCUAGAAUUAUAACAAUAUGAUCUGUUUUAUCUCAGGUUUCCCUCAGCACACCAUCGCCUCCCUCUCUGACCAGGACGCCAAGCCUUCCUUCAGUAUGUCGUAAGUAAAAACUGAGUCAGUGUGAGCAGUCACUGUGUAAGCGAGGGAGAGUUGUCUUCAUAAAGAGCUGUUUCUGCUGUGUCUCCCUCAGUCAUCUGGACAGCAGCAGCAGUAAUCCCGGUCUGUCAUUGGGAGGAUAUUUUUGUCCACAGUGUCACGCAAAGUACACAGAGCUUCCAGUUGAGUGCAAAGUCUGCGGUAUGUCUGAAUGAUUUCUCUGUCUUUUUGCCGCUUUAAAAGUGAGCUGACAAUAAAACAGAAACAACAUCUCUGACUGAUUUGGUGGUGACUUUGUUGUCUUCAAGGUCUGACUCUGGUGUCAGCACCACAUCUCGCCAGAUCGUUCCAUCACCUCUUCCCCCUCCAGGCGUUCACAGAGAGUCCUGUUGAGGAGCUUCAAGGGGACAGGUGACGAUGGCUCCUCAAACAUAUGCUCUGCACUUGUCAAGUUUUUAAAUCAUUUUCUUUGGGAGUCAUGUUCUCUUUCUGUUUCAGGUUCUGUCAGGCUUGUCAGGGGCAGCUGAAAGAUAAAAGUGUGAGUACAGCAGUUACACUCCACCAAUGUUAUCAACUGAGUUCAUCAACUUACCCUAACCAGGCAUACCUGCUGCAAAGAGGAAACUUUUCCUUCAGAUCUGAUUAUUCAGUGGGUUAUGCCAGGCAGACAAAGGAGAUUUCACUAAACGAGGCUGGUCAUCAACCUGAUGAAUUAACUUGGGGUUACUGUGAGCAGAAACAAUCAGUCUGAUGCCAGCUGGUCAUCUCAUUUCACAAACUCAGGGUAAACCAGGGUAUUACAGAAUCAGUAAGAUGUUCAACACAUGAUACACUACAUACAUAUUGAAUUACCUCUCAGGAGAUAAACAAAGUUCUUCUUAACUUAUUUUAUCUUAUUUUAUAACCCAGACUAACAUCAGCGUCUGCAGAAUGAAAGAGCUGUCAGAUAAAAGAAAAAUGUUGACAUUAGAUGCUAAAAUUAAAAUUAUAUGAUCUGUUUUCUAUCAGCAGUCUGCAAAUAGGAGAGAUCAGAGCGUUAACUUCAAAGUAAAUACAAAACCAAGCACAAAACAAGUCCAUUAAAAUGACGUUACAAGAGUCUUUGGUGUUUCUCGCAUAAUAAAUCUCAGCCUGGUUAAUUGAGGAGGGAUUAUGAUAUCAAUUUAAUUUAUCUCUUCAUAUGUGUGUUUGUGUUUGUAGGUAUUCACCUGUCCCUCAUGCCACAGUGCCUUCUGUGUUGAGUGUGAUCUCUUCAUCCAUGACUCGCUGCAUUGCUGUCCCUGCUGUAUUCACAAUCAGAGCGCCCCCUGAGGAUGGGAGUGGAACAGUCAGACAAAGACUGAAACAAACUCUAUGGACAUCAUGUUCUGUACAUGGAGCUAAUCCAUGAACUGGUUAACACAGACUGUCAGUGGAACAUCCAGGUGCUUGUAUUCAAAGCCUGUAGAGGGAAGUACAAGGCAUACUGGAGGAACGCAGCUGGCCCCUAUAGUGUUUAUGUUCUGUUAAAUAGCACACAUCUUGACAUGCAUCAGACACAGUCUGUGUAAAUUGUUUGAAUAAUUUUGUACUACAGUUCUGUUUGUAAAAACAAACAACAGUUGCAAUAAAACUGAAUUUUUGUAGGAAAGGUUACGCUUGAGUUUCAGAAUGACAUAGCAAAAGAGAUUUUUAGGGGGAAUUUUGGGUUGCAGUCCACAAAGUAAGAUUUUUUUCAUCCUUUUUUUUCACCUAAUGCAAUUGUGCCUGUAAUAUAGUUUUUGACUCGAGGGCCUAGGAAGGUGGCAGGAAGGCAACUUUCAGACUGCUGUUUUCCCAAGUGAUGAUCUUUAUUAACCGUGCCAUCUCCAGGUUCCAUUAAAAACAACAAAACUCUUCCCCUGAUCACAAAAUAAGUCGUUUAAGUGACAAAUGAUAAAUACAGAGAUGAUCUCACCCACUUUGUCACAGUGCCUGAUGGCCAGAAGACCAUGUCCAUCCAAUAUUAGACUUGGACCUUGUAUACAGAGAUUUCUCCAGAUUCUCUGAAUCUUUGAAUUCAUUAUGCACUUUAGAUGAUUAAAUCCACAAAAUCUUUGACUUUUUAGGCUGACGACAAAUUCUGAAAUAUUCAAACCAUUUUCUCA